UUACGUGGCAUUUUGCGAAGGUCGGUUCCCAGUUAAGCUUACCAUUUCUAGGCUUCGCUGAACUGAAACAGAAUCCGGAGAGAGAGACAGAGAGAGAGAGAGAGAAUGGCACAACCGAGCAAAGAGCCGUGCAAGAAAGAGGCAUGCGACAUCCAAGCCUGUCUCUCCAAGAACAACUUCCUCUCUCAGAAGUGCCUUAAAGUUAUUGAAUUGCUGCAGUCCUGCUGCGAGAAAUGUGAUUAUAAGUCAACACACUGUGCAUCUGUCUCUGACCUUUUGAAGCAAAAGCCCAAGUAAAAGGCAUUAUCUGAAAAUUUUAGACUAAAUAUGGCUUGUGUAGAUCUUUGUUUAUGCCAUCUUUUGGGCAAAUGCUGCAGAGCCACGGCACUGGAUGUGGUUAGUCAAUUCUUGGAGUUUCUCUUUCUCAGACAGGCUUAUGGUGAGGAACCGAUUCCAAACUUAUUGCAGUGCUUGGUAGAGAGGGGGAAAACACAAUAACAUGAUUUCAUCAUCUCAAAAAAUGCUAGAGAAAUUUUGAGAUGGGGAUUAGUAUUACUAACUGUUGAAAGGUACAUCAUUUUAGUGGGAUACUUUUUACAUGUCUGAUUGGUGCUUAUUUGUACAUA